AUGUUUGUAACAAAUAAUUUUCAUAUUCCAUGUUUAGAGAAACCAUAUGAAAGAAAUAUAUUACUACGUAAUACAUUAGAAAAACCUAUUGCAUUUAAAAUUAGACAAAGUUGUCAAUUAUCUUUAAAAAUAUCAUCUACAAUAGGUAUAAUUAAUGAAAAAUCAACAAAAUUAAUUAAAAUACAGUAUGAUAUUGGAUUCAAAAAACUUGUUAAUAAUGAAGUACCUAAACAUUUUGAUAUUUUUAUAAGAUCUUAUGAUACUAACAAGAAUAGAAUUAUUUAUAAAUGGUUUAAAAAUGAAAUUUCUCAACCAAAUCAUCUUGCUCAUAGAUUUGUAAUCACACCAAAAUUAGGAUAUAUAUCUUCUACAUUUGUUUUUGAUGUUCCUUGUAAAGCAUCUAUACUAGAACCUAUACUUUUUCCUUGUGAUAACAAUGAAAAUGAUAAUUGCAAGACAGCCAUUCAAAUUGAUGAUGGUACUGAAGUAGCAAACAAAAUUAUUGAAUAUCCAAAAGAAUUAUUAUAUAAUAAUAACAUUAAUAAUUUAUAUCAAUAUGAUUUAUAUAAAAAUGAAAAAAAUAUAUUUGAUCAAUUUAAUGAGACAUCUUAUAUUGUAGAAACUAAGAAAAUUACAAGUAAUGGAAUUCUAAAUGCUGCAUUUAAUUAUCUUUUUGGAAAUCCAAGAAAAGAAAAUGAUGAUUCAAUAUACAGUUAUGUAAGUUCAAACAAAAGAUAUGGAUUCAUUUGCUAA